CAAAGCCUGGGAAUCGAUCGGAGCAGCAGCAGUGCGUUGGUUCGAUUUAAUCCCACAGAGAGAGAGAGAGAGAGAGAGAGGGGUGGCCUGCGAUGGAUGUCCCCGAAGGACUCAUCUCCCGAUUAUGCCAUCUCCUCGCCUUCUUGCCAUUUUUCCUGCUGCUUCUCCUCCUCGCGGUCGUCAAAGCGGCUUUCAUCGCGCCGAUCGUGUUCGUCACUGUCUUGGUAGGGAACACCGCCUUGAUCCUCGGGCUGUACCCGUUGCAUGCCGUCUGGACCUGUUACUGUAUCGCGAGGACAAAGAGAUUUGGUUCAUUGCUGAAGGUUCUUAUACUGUUGCUGAUGCCGGUUCCUAUCCUACUAUGGCCUCUUUCCGCAUUGAUUGGUACCAUUUUAGCAGGAUUAGGUUUUGCAAUUGCGUUGCCACUAAUGGCAACGUUUGAGGCUGUUAGGGAGGGCGUUCCAAAUAAGUUAUCUGAAUGCUUCACGGCUGGUACCUGGAGCUCAAUCAAAGGAGGGUUUACUAUUGUGCGUGACUUUAAGGAUAUCUGUUUCCAUUCCUACUUUUCGGUUAUGGAUGGAUUGCUUGAGGCUGGUGGUGAAACAAUAAUGGUCUUAAGGAUAUCACAAGUACCCGGAUACAUAUUGGCAGGAAUCUUAGGUAUGCUUAUCGACGUGCCCAUGAUUAGCCUUAUAGUACUGUAUAAAGUACCCAUCAUGCUGUUCAAAGGAUGGAGGCAGUUGAUUCAAGAUCUUAUCGGACGGUCAGGUCCAUUCUUGGAAAGUGUUUGUGUUCCUUUCGCUGGACUUUUGAUUCUACUGUGGCCUGUGGCUGUUGGGUUGACAUCUAUAGCGGGAAUUCUUUCAAGCUUGAGCCUUGGAUGCUAUGCUGCUGCUGUUGCAUAUCAGGAAAAUUCUACAACGAGUGGAAUUCUCUAUGUUAUAGCUGUAAUAUCUAUGUUUGAUGAGUUCACUAACGACUUCCUCUACCUUCGUGAAGGCUCAUGCUUCCCAAGACCUAAAUAUCGCAAGGCAGCUAUUUCCCGCUCUGCAUCACUUCCAAUAAAGCGUGCACCAACACGAGAUGAGUCUUUUCCUUUAAAACGUCCGUUGAUUAAGACAGCUUCAAUGAAGAUGCAGGAACUGAAAGCCAUAGUGAUAUGGGAUAACUUUUUCAUGGCAUGUGAGAGUGUUGGGAAAGAGCUUAUUCGAGCUGGUGCUAUACGUAUAUCAGAUCUGGAAGAAUGGCAAAAUUCAAAGAACAAAACCAUUAACAUUGGGAUACCUUCAUACGUCUUUCUGCAGUGUUUUGUUCGUUCCAUAAAGAGUGGUUCUGUUGGUUUUGUCAUGCGAGACAAUGUUGAACUCACAUAUAUUAAUAGGCCUGAGGGAAGAGUUUUUGACUGGCUUUUCGAGCCCAUGACUCUUCUAAAAGAGCAAAUCAAAGCUGCAAAUCUAGAAUCAACUGAAGAGGAAUAUCUUUACAAGCUGGCUCUUUAUUGUGGUGAUGCUCGAAUGAUGACUUCUUGCCAAAAUGGUGGAGUGGCACCAGCCGAUGUGGUCAAAAGAGCUCAGUUGGAGGGUUUAAGUAGAAGGUUGCAGGGUUUCAGUUUGACCAUUUCGAGGAUGCCAACCUUCAGGCGGCGGUUGUCAAGGCAUUACUGCAAGAAGCCCGGCAGGGGUUACAGAAAAAUGAGACAGCACGGUGGAUCAAGCUGUGGAUGUCAUCUCCGAGGGCAGCAGCAGUGGCCGCAUGAUUCCUCUGGUUUUGCAUCGAGACAAGGGAAUAUUAGGCAGCCUGUCCUACAGAUUUCUUCGAGGGGCCGUCUUCAAUGUCCUGUAUGCUGGGAGAAGCCGUCAAGUCCUCGUCUCAGUAUUCUAAUCAUCAUCAUCGAGGCCCCUUUCCUUCCUACCCAUAGUUACCUAUCUGGAAUCAAGAAAAUAGAGAUCGUGAUCAAUAAUCUUCAAGCCGUGUGAGCGUAAAAGUUUACCAUGCGCAUCUCUCUUUUGAUCGUGGUUAGGAACAAGAAAACAAGUCCUCCAGCUCAGGUGUGCAGGGAUCCAUCUUCUUCCAUGUUUCACCUGCAGACAAAUAUGCGAUGCUUAUCGGUUUGGUUUUGAGUUUGCUUCAUCCGGUGGCUUCUGCAUGUAGUGAAUGGUUACUCGGUAGAGAAUGACAACAGCAGGGAGUGGCAUAUGUGCAGGAGAAUCACAAUAAACAUACACUAACCGUGUGGUGCAUUCGAACAACUAAGCCACCGUGAAGGAAGAAGAGUUGGAAGCAUGUAAGCAUCAAUUCACAGCUCACAAAAAAUACAACGUUGCAGGAAGAGUUGGAUUUCUUCUAUGUAAGCUUUCAGUCCUAAGAGAAUCUAUGACGUAUGAGAGCAGCAACCUU